AGUUCUACUUCUCCCAUGAAUUGCAAACAGCACAAUGUUGUACCGAACAAACUAGCUCUGUUAGGUUGGAAAGAUUUGCACUCUCCAUCAAAUUGUGUCCCCAGCAACAAGUCCCCAGCAACAAGACCUCUCAACACAAGUGAUGGUGGAACAAAUGAUUCUGAGGAGGACUGCAUAAUUACUGAUGUUCGGCUUUGUAGUAGUCCUUCUAGUGUUCUCCACAAAACCCCACCAUUGGGUAUAAGGAAGAACUCCAGUACUAGUACAACAGUAACAGGACAAAGAAAUCUGGGUAAAUCGCUUACAGAUAUAAGACCAGAGCAGCAAAUAGGCGAAUCUAAUGAGUUAACAGUAGUUGGAGUCAACCGUACCUCUAGUGCGAGGAAAUGGCAGCAUUGUAAUAAGUCACAAUUUCAGAGCAGUGCCUUUAGUGCAUGCCAUUGUCGUUCCAAGCGCGUCCAGCGAAGAUGUCGUUCCGCUAGCCCGAGGCUGUGCAGUGUCAAUGAUUAUUACAGAACUGAGGAUGACGAUGAUGAAGACGAUGAUGACUACGACGACGACAAGUAUGAUUUUGAUCCCGUCACACGUCUACAGCAGAUAAACAAGCAGAUAGAGCUUUUGGAGAACAGCACACCACAAGUGAAUCCGUUAUGGAGGCGUAAAACAAGGAAUCGUGCAUCACUUUUAGAAGGAAAUGGUGUGAAUAAGGUAAAGUCAGAUGGCUACCGAGAGGACAGUGAGGAUGACGACAAAUCGGUCAUCAUUCUCGACGAGCGAAAUCCGUGCUUCAGUCCGAGGUCUCCGAGCUAUACACCCCCGGAUCUCAGAGCUAAGAGAUCGAGUCCUGAACAGUGUGGGUCUUUGACAGUUGAGAAUGUUGCUAAGCAUAACAAUUUCUUGAAGAAUAGUAUUUCUGGCCCAUCCUCAUCAUCGUCUUUGUCAAUGUGUGGCUUGAGUGAUUCAGACGACGGUGCGUCAGUCUGUUGCGUCUCGAGGGGUAUGGUGACGCCAAGGAAAGGACUGGACCGGGAGCCUUCCUUUACGGAGGCUUCUACACCCAGGACAAAUGGUGUUUCACCAUGCCUCUCUCCUACAACAAAGAGCAGAUCGAGGUGUUCGUCGCGGAAUGAGGAUAAUAGCAGGACAGAUUUGCCAACGUGCUCAGCUACAAAAACCCACACUGUCAUUGAACAGAGGAACGGUGCAGAAAUGAUACAUCUGUUUGCUUCCCCGGCGAGUUGUGUUACAGAUGAAGUUUCACCUGUUUUGAACAAGAGGAGGAAUCCACCAUUUAAAGGUAGUGUAAACAGUGCAAAACACAACGGACUGCUAGAUUCAGUCAGUAAAGACCCAGAAGUACCAUUGCGAGGACACAGUUCUCAGCUAGUCACUCCAUCUAUAUCAGCUGCUAGAAUGGCUACAGUUUUCUGCCACCGUACAGAUGGUGUGCAGGAAAUAGAAGACUGUUUGUCUCUAGAGAAUGACAUAAAUAGUAUGAAUGAAAAAGAGUCAGUCAGGGGAAAUCUGAAGACGCCAACAGAAUUGCAUGUUAGGAGGCUGCCGUCACUGUCUCCUAUGGAGACCUGCUACGGCCCUCCUUCUUCACCGGGUGAGCAGAGCAGUGAAUGUUCUAUGGAGAGGCGGCAUUCUGUAAGCAGUAUGGAGAAGUCCAUGUUAUUACAUUUAUUCGACGAAAUACGGACAAUGCCACAGUUGGAGAAGGGUAUCGAGAGAGAUGAGGAAGAAGAUUCGGUGUCUGCUGGAAACGUCUCAAUCUGCGUCGAUGGCUCUCAGUCAUCUGGCGAAUCGGAUGAUUUGGAUGCCGAACGCAGGGACACUGAUGCAGAGGUGGUGGCUGAAGGAUUUGGCUUGCAGAUAACUCGUGGUGAUUUAGCUACUUUAUCUGGGACGAACUGGCUGAAUGAUAAAAUUGUGAAUUUCUACUUGAAACUUUUAACAGAAAGAGGGAGACAGAAUAGGGAACCAGAAGUGUAUGCGUAUGACACAUUUUUCUUCCCAAAACUGAUUAAAUGUGGCUAUGAAAGUGUCAAGAAAUGGACUAGAGUGGUAGAUGUAUUCAAACAUGACAUUUUGAUAAUUCCGGUUCACCUGGGAACGCAUUGGUGUAUGGCAGCUGUGGAUUUCCGAAAGCAGACACUUGUGUAUUACGACAGUAUGGGAGGAGAGAAUGAGUCAUGUCUGAAGACCAUAUGGAGUUACUUGAAUGAAGAAUGUGCACAGAGAUCAGUUGAGCCACUAAGUGAAGAAAUAUGGCAAAUACGGUGUGCGAAGGAUAUCCCGAAACAAAGCAACAACAGUGACUGUGGUGUCUUCAUGUGCAAGUAUGCAGAAUGCAUUACACGUGAUGCUAAGUUGGAGUUCUCCCAGGACGACAUGCCAGAGAUACGAAUGGAAAUGAUGGAAGAAAUACAAACAAUGACCCUGCUUCACCCCUGAAUGUGUAAUUGCUGACAGCUUUUGCACACAGAAAUCAAGGAAAAUUUACCAUUUGAGGCAUCAUUGUCUCACACACUUCAGUUAACAUGGAAGAACUAUAAAAAAGUGCAUGCUUAGAAAUAAGAUAAUGAUCUUUUUAUUGGUAUUUUCUUUCUUUCUUAUUAAAAAUUUACUUGUGUUUUAUGUCAGUGUGAGGGAAGACAUUUUUUAGUCCUGUAGAGGAAUACCAUUGCGUUAAAUGCUAGCAGCUUUUUUAAAGAUUGCACUGAAAGUUCCAAUGUAAAUGAAGAAAAAUGGAACUGCAAAAACUGAUGUAUCUAUAUGUACAUAAGCAUGGAAUUUAUUUUCAUAUGUUCCUAUAGGUCUACAACUUUGUAAAUUCAUUCAGAGGAGUGAGAUAUCAGUGUCAUUAUUGUUGAUGUUAUUAGUAUAUGUGUACAAGAC